AUGGAACAACCACGACAAGAGAAGCAUUCUAAUCAUGAUCAACAGGAAGCUUCUGUCUCAUCGUCUUGUUCGAUGACUACUACGACGCCGGCAACCAAUUAUCAUGCCUGCUCUGACAAUUCCCAUCAGAGCAUGUUGUCGAAGGCUCUUUCUCAAGGUAGUGGUUCCUCUCCUAUGGCGAAUAUUGAUGAUUUAAUGGUAAAGACAAGUUCAACAAUUAUCGAUCAACAACAAUCAGUCCAAAUAUUAUCGGGUAAGCCUGCCAAUAAUCCUAUUAAUAUUCCUUCUUCAUCCUCCUCAUCUUGCCCGUUAGAUUCUGAUACGACAAGUCUUUCUCUUUCUCCUUCCUUUUCUUCUCCUUCUUCAAGUUUUAAUCACAAUAGAAGUUUACCUGCCUCCCUUUCUAUUACUCCCAGUAGUAUGCCAAAUAGCUCUGUUCCAUCUGAUGGAUCAUCCGUAACAAGGGAUGAAUUAACCUCUUCACUUCCACUCCAAUCUCCUUCUUUCAUCCUUUCCCCAUCAUCACAGACAAAUUCUACUCCUCUUUCCCAACAACAACAAGAAUCUACCAACAUACCUCCUACCAUAACUACCAACAACAAAUCCCAACUCCCUUCAGAGCAACAACAACAACAACGAACAACGUCCAAUAUUUCCAAUAUUUCCUCCAAUAAUAGAGAGUCUCUACUCGCAUCUCAAGUUCACGAAGAAGAGGAAGAAUCAUCCAUUUUCCAACAACCAAUAAUAGUUCAUAACAAUUCAUCAAUUCCAGCCCUUUCCAACCAAGAUAAUUUCUCUUCUCUUGAAGAGAAUAUUAAAAAGUAUUAUCAAAAAGUGAAGGAAGAUGAAGAAGUAAUUGUAGAAACAAAGGACGUACCUCCUGAAACUGUAAUUAAUGUAAACUAUUUCAUUCCCAAUGCAAAGAAAAAGAAGGACAGUGCCAAUAAGAACAUUGACACUAUUAAACAAGUUUUACCACAAGUGGCCGAUAAUAUUCCUUCAUGGGUCUCUGAAUUGAGAAGAGAUUGGGAUGAAGAAAUUACCACCAAUAUGGAUGAAUCCAAACGACAAUACUUUUUAAAAUUCUCAGAGGAUGAUACUGAAGAAUCUGAUGAAGAAGAGAGUGAUGAGAAUGGAUUAUCUGCCAAGAAGAAUGUGAAAAUCAGAAAGCAUAUGAGACAAUUUAUUCAAGAGAAGGAGGAGGAUAACUCAUCGAAAAAGUACUUCCUUGGUGCCUCUUCUGAACCUAACACACCACAAAAAUCUACAACAAACAGAGAAAAAUCAUCUCCACCUGUCUCUAUCAAGAAGAACAAUAAGGCUCUCAGCAAACCUUCUGAAGGAGUAAUAUCAGAGAGUUUUAACCAAUCACGAUUUUUGGAUUCAACAAUCAAUACAGAGUUUGAAUCAUUUGACAAGAAAGCCUAUGUAGAUCCAAACACAUCGACAACUUCUUUCAUUUUCAGAGAGAAUGCUCAAAAGAUUGUAAUUCCCCCAAUUAUUGCUCAACCUCUUCUUCAGGAAAAGGAACCAAGCUCUCCAACCAGACAAAAGAGACAUACUUUCAUUACCAACAAUUCUGAACUUAAACAUUUCCAACCAAAGAAGGAAAAUUUAUUCAAAAAGCUUUUCACAUCUGCUCCAAAGAAGAGAAGUGAAGAGGAUUGGCGAGAUGAAUUGAUUAAAUACGACCAAAGACUUUCCAACUACCUCAAGGAAAGUAGACAAGUUGUAAAAGAUUUGAGAAAGAGACAAGAGAUUGAAUAUGAAAAGAUGCAACAAGAGUAUGCAUUCUUGCAAAGAUGUCAUGAUUCUAAAUUAAUUGAAAUAUUUAAGGAAUUAUCCAGCUGUAAAUUAAUCAGACUCAAGCAAAGAAGAGAACUCGAAAAGGGUUGCAAGACUCUUAUCAAGGACAGAAUUAAAAUCAUUCGCGAAAUUCUUGUACAACAAGCUCAACAAUUGAAACAAGUAGAGCAAGCAGGUGAUAUCAAUAUGAAGUGUUACAAUUUACUUCCUCACUAUGUAAAGAAUGAAUCAUUCUAUAAGGACGUGGAGGAUAUUUUGAGCGAUCAUGAAUCACUAUCCUCCCAAUGGAAUGAAAUUAUUCUUUUAGAACAAAUUUCCAAGGAUUUGUCUGAAAGGUACACUCAAAUGAAAAAGGAUAGCAACAUUAAUAAGAAGGUUAUCACCAAGAAGGAGGUGACAAUUAGGUUGAAAUCCAUCAUUCAAAGAUUUAUUGAAGAACCUGUUGUACCAUUGUGCAACUUCCAUUCUCUCAAUGAGGGAAAUUCAAUGCAAAAAGACGUUCAUCUUGAUGAUCAAACUUGGCAAUCUUUCAUCAAUUGUGUUGAAAAUGAUCAAAGAUUGGAAAUUGAACAAGAAUUUUUUGAUUUGAUUGCUGAUCAACGUACAGAAGAAGGUCAAUCUCUCAGAACAUUCUUGAAGGAAAUCAAUAAUGCAGGACUUGAAAAGGUCCCUCCAGCUGAAAUUGCUGAAUAUGUUGUCAUUUAUGUUGAUUACUUGAGUGAUAGACAUGCCAUCAAAACUGACUUGGAAAAGCAAGCAAUAUUGAGACUCGUUUCUCGAUUGAUUUACAAUGAGUUUGGCCUUGGACUUAGACUUCAAAAGAUUGAAAUUGAGUCACAAUCUCAAGAAAACUACAAAUUCCAACAACAAGUCAGACUCUUAAGAAAACUUACUGCUAAUCAACUUGGUGUUGCCAACAAGUUUUUACCUAUAAGAGCUAAGUUUACUGGAAAACAGAAUAGCAUCAAGGAAAUGAUUCACAAACAAAAUCAAACUCCAUUCUAUGAUCCUAUUGCUACUCUUGGGUAUUUGAAUUAUUGUGUGUCUCCAAUUGACAUGCUUCAUUGUGUGUAUUCUUGUGCGAGACAAAUACAUAUCAUUGCUAAGGAUAAUUGUUCUCAAAGAGGAAAAGAUUUCUCUUUUGGAGCUGAUGAAUUCUUCCCAAUCUUGGUUUAUGUAGUUGUUCAUGCUCAUCUUCCAAAUAUUCAUUCUGCUCUUUCUUAUAUAUCAAAGUAUUCUUCACAGUCAAGAAACAGUGAGGUUGUUUAUUAUUUAACUUGUUUGGAAGGUGCUGUAAUGUAUGCUCAAGAAUUAUCUGAAGAAGAUAUUCAAGAACUAGUUAAACAAGAUGAUCAAGAUCAAGACAAACCUAAUGAGAAAGAACCAUUAUUAACAACUAGUAUUGAAACAACUAAGGAAGCUAAUGCCAAUAGUUACGAUAGUAACAAUUUUGCAAGCUCUGCUUCUGUCGAAUCCACUACCCUCUCCCUUUCAGAAGGCUCUAUUCCAUAAAUAAACAUAUAAUAUUUAUUCCU